UGGGGUGAUGAGAGAGUGUUUUUUUUAGGUCAAGGGCAAUAUUGUCAAUUCAAUGGAAAUGUGUGGGCUUUAGUUGGUAAUUUGUAGGCGAUGUUUAGCAAUUCACUAUUUUUUUCCUUUUUUAUUAGUCUUUGUGAUUUGUAAUAUAUACAUUUAUUUUUAUAUAUUAUAAUAUAGUUGUUAAUUGGCUUAGAUAGUUUAUCUUUCCUACAAGAGGUUGGAUGGUUAAAACAGUCGGUACUGGAAGUGAAAAGGGCAAAAUAAUCGGCGGCAACAAAAAAAAUACGGAGUACUCCGUAAUAAACCUUAUCCAAUACACUCCCUCCAUUUUGGGUGUGCAAUUGAAAAAACGGAUUAGGAUGGCAUUCAGCGCUUCAUCUUCAAUGGCGGCCCAACUCCACACACUUCCAAACUCCCACCACCACCGUCUUCUUCUCUCCUCGCCACCGCUCUCCUCCGCCGCAUUCAUCUCUCGCUCUAAUGGCUUCCGACUCUCUCUUCCACUUCGCCCUAGCAACCCUAAAAACCGCACCAUUUCAACAUCAUCAUCAGUUGUUAGAGCAUCUGCAAAUUCUAUGGUAGCAUUGAUUUUUGAUUGCGAUGGUGUAAUUUUAGAGUCUGAGGAUUUGCAUCGUCAAGCUUAUAAUGAUGCUUUCGCUUUCUUCAAUGUUCGUUGCCCUUCUUCUUCUUUGGAUGGACCUCUUGAUUGGGAUAUCGAGUUUUAUGACGUUCUUCAGAAUCAAAUUGGUGGUGGUAAACCUAAGAUGCGUUGGUACUUCAAGGAGCACGGAUGGCCAACUUCUACGAUUUUUGAGACACCUCCAGAAAAUGAUACAGAUAGAUCAAAAUUGAUAGAUGUCAUUCAGGAUUGGAAAACAGAAAGGUACCAAGAAAUCAUCAAGUCUGGUUCUGUGCAACCGAGACCUGGAGUUUUGAGAUUGAUGGAUGAAGCUAAGGCUGCUGGUAAGAAGCUAGCUGUGUGCUCUGCUGCAACCAAAAGUUCAGUUGUACUCACUCUUGAGAGUCUAAUAGGACUAGAUCGUUUCCAUGGUCUUGAUUGCUUUCUUGCAGGUGAUGAUGUCAAAGAAAAGAAACCUGAUCCAUCAAUUUAUCUUGCUGCUGCUAAGAAGUUAGGUGUGUCAGCGGACGACUGUUUGGUAGUGGAAGAUAGUGUCAUUGGCCUCAAGGCUGCAACAAAGGCUGGAAUGCCCUGUGUAAUAACCUAUACAACAUCCACAUCUACCCAGGAUUUUACAGAUGCAAUUGCAACUUACCCUGACUUGAGUUCUGUAAGAUUGAGUGACUUGGAGGCACUGCUGCAAAAUGUAGUUGCCGCUGGCUAGCCAAGUAAAGAAGGGGCUCGGAAACUGUACAUAAUGUGCAGGACUGCAGGUUAUCGCCUUACAGAAAUUGAUGUUGAAAUUCCACUUCAUUAUACACUGCAAUUUCUUCAUCCCGUUAUCAAUUUUUAUUACUCCUAUUUGAUCGUGUAAGAUGUAUAAAACAGUGAUGUAAUUAUUGUUUUAAUCCAAAUGUUGCUCAUUUUACUGGUAUGCUGCUGCUACCAGCUUUUUUCUUA